CCCGCGUCGGAGCGGCAAGUCCAACGCAAGCGCCCCGCGGAGCUCGUCGUCUACGAGGAGACCGGCGAGGCGUACGACCGGCUCGUCAAGCCCUUCGCCGCGGGGCAGGCGGCGAAGAUCGGCUGGAUCGACGCGGUCUGCAACCUCGAGCACGAGCGCGAGCGGAAUCUUCAAGACCACGAAGAUUUCGUCGUCAACGUCGACACGAAGUGGCGGACGCACGGCGACUUCGGCGACCGGGCCGCCUGGAAGGGCGCGCCCUGGACGGCGGAUCUGUACCUGCUGGCCAUCGCCAAGGACGCGGCGUACGCGUCGAUCCGCGACCUCCGGGGCGAGCGGGGCGCGGGCCUCGUCCGGGCCAUGCGCGACGCGUUGCUCGCCGCCGCGCGAGACUACUACGGCGUGCCCCCGUCGAAGCUCCGCGUCUUCUUCCACUACCAGCCCCAGUUCUACCGCCUCCACGCGCACUGCACGGCGGCCCAGCACGUGACGCCGGGCUGCGAGUGCGACCGCGCUCACCUCUUGACGACCGUUGCCGAGAACCUCGACCUCGCGCCCGACUACUACGCCCGGGCGACGCUGACCUACAAGCUCCGCGUCGGCGAGAAGCUC